AGGAGAACAUGUUUACGUCUGCCCGUGGUGUAUGUAGUCACUGUCCAAAUGAGGAAAAUCUUCGUUAUGUUGAUCUAAAAACGAUUGAAACACGACACAUUUGGCCGACUACACGAAGGUAUAAGCCCUAUGGUUUGCCACACGUUGAAAGUCCAUACCCCGACUUUGAAAAUCCAAGUGUUCGACGCACAUUUCAAGAUUCAUACGAAAAAAUGCGAAGCAGGAAUUCUAAGCGUCCGACGAAGUUCUUCAAUGAUGUGCUAACGAAUAAAAACUCCAGCUCCUUUCAAGUUGAUGGUCAACCUGUUUUAUUGGUCUCAAAAGUCGACAAAACGUACGAAAGACAAGAUCACGGCCCUGUACUAUCGUACAUUGGUAUGAUAGCCACAGCAAUCUUGGGAUCCUCUAAAUCCAAAUUGACUCUCUCUGGAAUCUACUCUUUUAUGGAAAAUCAUUUCUCAGCGGUUUUAUCAAAUAGACCUCGGUGGCGAAAUACCGUUCGUCAUAAUCUAUCGCUUCACGAGUGCUUUGUCAAAGGUGAGAUCCCCGCAGAUGGGAAAGGAAGAUUUUGGCAUAUUCAUCCAAACUACGUUGAGCAAUUCAAAUGUGGUAAAUUCAACAAAAAUAUCCAACAAACUCCCUUGCUCUAUCACGAAAAUAUUCCACCUAGUCUUGAUUUACUGAGCGCAGUAACUUCAAUAAGAUUUCCUGGGUCUCCUUGGACGCAGAAAUUCUAUUCAUUGAUACCAUCCACGUGUACUUGUCCUAUCGUAUCUUACCCUCAAAAUACACGAUCACACAUGCUAGUGCCAAGGGAAAUCUACUGCCCUUCGCGACACCAAAAAGCAUUUAGCAGUGAUUGUUGGAAAUGCUUUGAAGGCGAAAGCCAUUCCCCGUCCUAUAGCCAUUACUAAAGGAUUCUGGUAAACUUCAGUAUUCAUAAAAGACAAUCACUUGCAUACAGUAGUUGAUAAUUCAAAGAAGAAAAAUGCAACAGCGGAAACUUUACGUUUACUUCUUCGAUUGCUGUAUUAAGAACGGCAAGAAGAUGAACUCCUGGCGACACCUGCCAUAUUUCUAUACAACAUUAGAAGUUUGGUCAUCAUAACCACCUUUUAUGUUCUUUUUGAAUAGUUAAGGCAUUUCCAAAAGGGUUUUUGCAAGAAAUUCUUUUUCACGGAAAUUCGUGCAUAGCACGUGGUCGCUACCCGUUGCAGCAUUUAUUUCUUAUUUUGUUGGAUAAAUAUAUUUUAUAAGUUACAUAGAAGAACUUAGACUAAAGUAGUAUAUAUUCCAAACCUGCGUUGGGAAAAUAGUUAUAUGCUGUUUUGUAAUAUGAGACUUUUUCUAUAUAUGCUUUUAAAUAUGUAACCCGUUGCUUAGCUGGGUUACAUAGAUAAGAUCGUGAGAUACAGUUAACUUAAUGCUUAUUCGUUUGUGUGUUUAAAUAAAAAAAUUUUUCGUGAA